AUGGUACACUUGACUAAUUUCUCUUCCCACCACUCCAGAUCAUCCAGUGAUGCCAGUAUGAGCAUGGCCAAUAUGACAUACGCUACAGCAUCACCAGCAGCUACGACAGGAGGACAAGGGAAUGGACCUGUAACCUGUCUGUCAAAAUUGCGGCACCUCCACCACCCCCUGUGGCGCAGGGACGAACUCGGUUCUGUCCUCUGCAACGCCUGUGGCCUGUUUCUGAAGCUGCACGGCCGACCACGUCCGAUAAGCUUGAAAACAGAUGUGAUUAAGAGUCGCAAUCGCGUCAAGACCGGCCAGGGCCCUAAGCGCAAGUCCGGUGGCCCUGUAGACACCAAUGGCCUCCCCUCGCGAUCCGAAGCCGGGACCCCUCCCCUAGGGUCGCAUGGAUACCGUCGCGCGUCGCGCAAAAUGUCCCCGGGUCAUUCGGAUCGCUCCAACUCCCCGGUCUCUCGCACCGAAACACCUGGCUUCGGCUCGAUGCAUGCGCACAACUCGAACAUCGCGCCACAGCAUAUGUUCGACAGCGUCACUCUGGGAGACGGUAUGAGCUCUUCUACUGGCCUGCCCUCUCGCCAGAUGCGCCAACCUUCUCCUUCUGCGGUCGAUCGCCAACUCGACUCCCCCCACACAUUUGAAAGUCUGCUGGCCCUCAACACCUCUCUGAAGACCCGUGUGAGCGAACUGGAAUUCGUCAACGAGCUCUUCCGCGGUCGCGUGACAGAGCUCGAGCAGAGUGACGCCAGCGCCCGCCGGUCGGAGAUGAUCGUCCGCGACUCUGAGGUACGUCUGCGACGGUCUCUCGAGGAGUCCCAGCGUCGCGAGGAAGAGCUCAAGCGUCGCGUCAGUGACCUCGAGCGCCAGGUUGGUUCCAGUAGUGGUGACGCAGACUCAGGCGAGCCGCUUGCCAAAAAGAUCCGGCUUUCUGAUGUUGUGGAAACUGACGAAGCACCGGUUAAAUCCCCGAAGAGCGUUUAG